UCCAAGAGCAUUCGUCUCAUAAUGAAAUCGUUUAUUGUACUAGUGGCUGCUAUUGCCGUAGCCCACGGUAACUCAUUGAUAUGCCGCAACUACCAACCCGGAGCACUACUUCCCAAUCCAGAGAGUUGCGCCGAAUUUUUCAUGUGUCGCCCAGGACGAGCCGUACGAUUCACCUGUCCGGAAAACACCCUGUUUAACACAGUAAUCCAGGCCUGCGAUCCAACGUUUACAGUGCGCUGUAAGCUUGGCAAGUUGCCACUUGAUACGGAAUUUACUCCAAUCACUGCUCUGCCAUCGGUCAUUGAGCACACCAACACGGCUUGUAUCAACCAUCCGAUAGCUACCUUGCUACCGAAUCCAAACGAGUGCAGCAGAUUCUAUCAAUGCUCACCUACGGGAGUGAUCGCAUUUGAGUGCCCAGCCGGAACACUCUUCGACACAAACCGUCGCUACUGUGAACGCAGUGAUAUAGCUUCGUGUCAAUUCUUACCACAGUUACCACCUAUGAUACCGGAGGUUCCGAGCGUUGUGAUUCCCGAUUACGAGGACUACAUACAGAAACGUUGUCGCGGUCACAGAGACGGGGCCAAGAUCCGGCAUCCAGUGAAUUGCAACCAGUACAUCCAGUGUAGUUCCUUGAAUCGGUCCCAGGUCAUCAGUUGCCCACAGGGAACGGCUUUCGACGAGCAGAUGACGACGUGCGACUGGGAGCGAAAUGUGAAGUGCGUCAGAAACGAGUGAUCUUUGUAACGAAAUAGAAUAAAAAGCCUUUUUGGACGAUGGUGAUGGGUUAAGGGAA